CCCAGGAGGAGGAGGAGGUGCCGGCUCGCCGCAGACCGCCCGCGGCAGAGGCCGCCCCGGUCGCGGCGCGGCGGGAGCGGCCGGCGGAGGCUGCGCGGCCGAGGGGGAGGGCCGGCGAGGCUUGGGGGGGUUGGCGGUGGUGGAGGAGCGGACGUCGCCUCUGCCCGCCUGCUGCCUCGCGCUGCCCCCCUGGCCGCAGGUGCCGGAGCAUCCCGCUGCCCCGGAGCCUCCCGCGGGCGCGCUCCGGGCUCAUCCCAGGCUUGGGACCACAGGGAGACAUCUCCAGGGGGCAGGAACCCCCGAGGGCGCUCGACAGGACAGCCUCCUUGGAAGGCCGGCCACCCUGCGGUCCCACCUCGGCAUGGGCCUGGCCAUCAAGGCAGCUCAGCUGUCUGUGCUGGUCUGAGAGGGGGGCGGGGCGCUGCCCGUCAUGGGGGCAGCCAUCUCCCAGGGGGCCCUCAUCGCCAUCGUCUGCAACGGCCUGGUUGGCUUCCUGCUGCUGCUACUCUGGGUCAUCCUCUGCUGGGCCUGCCACUCCCGCUCCGCCGACGUCGACUCCCUCUCCGAGUCCAGUCCCAACUCCAGCCCGGGCCCCUGCCCUGAGAAGGCACCUCCGCCCCAGAAGCCGAGCCAUGAAGGCAGCUACCUGCUGCAGCCCUGAAGGUCCCCAACCUGGCCUGGAACCUAAGCCCGCCCACCUGAGAGCCUGGAAACCAGGAUUCCAGAGGCCAGCCUGUUCUGAGCUGGACCCAAUAGUCUAGCCAAGCCCUGGCUACAAGACUGGCUCAGGAGGUCCUAGGAGAUGGGCCUGGGCUGGGGGUUCCUGUGUUGAUGCUAGGACCAGGGCCAUCUGGACUCUGCUUCAUCCCCAGGGCUGGCGGCUGGGUUGGUCCUUGCCCGGGGGCAUGAGCACCUCUAGCCUUCUGGGUUUGGGAAGCAAACUGGAGCCCGUGGCUAUAAUAGGAGGGUGUCUAGGCUGGGCCCCUCUCCUGGUCCUCCCACUGUUUGCUGGAUAAUAAAUGGAACUAUGGCUCUA